AGUGUUUGUAUUCGUAAGGUUUUGGCCAGACACUUCAAAAAACUUCUAAUUGGCGUAAAAACCUUAAAAAACGGUAGUGAAAUUAAAAUUGUAUUUCAAGAUGAUGAACCAAUAUAUGAGAGAAUUAGAACAGGAUCCUUUUGAUCCUGAUGAAUUUGUGGAGAGAAUGGUGCGACGUAGCAUGCAGGAAUCCCGCCUCAAAGAUGACCAGUUCGACCCCGAAAUGAUACAUGAUAUAUUUACACAAGCCAUACAAGAUUUAAAGGUUCUUCAAGAGAGGCAAGAAAGAAAAUGUGCUAGACUGGAACAGGCAGUGCAGGAAGAAGAAAAACUAUAUGGUGCUAAGCUAUCAGAAAUUAUGGAUCAACACUUGCAUUGUGUGGGGGUGUUUAGUUCAUUGGACGAACGUAUGUCUCGUUGUGGCGGACGUGCGCUAAAUGUAGGAGAAAAAUUGGGAGCGGCACGAGCACCAAGAGCCAGAGCUGCAGCAGCAAGGGACCUUCUUUCACAUUUAACACAUUUCCUAAGCCCAGGUCCAGUUAUAGUGGAUCUAUUUAGUGAUCCCAACAAGCUCAAUGAAGCAGCAGACGUUAUUCAAAAGUUACAUACAAUAGCUCAAGAACUGCCACCAGAGAAAUUUGAAAUAGCCAAAAAGAAAAUAGAAGCUAAAUAUGACGAGAUUGAAAGAACUUUAAUUGAUGAAUUUGGAAAAGCUCAAAAUCAAGGGAAUAUGGUUAAAAUGAAAGAGAUUGCUAACAUCAUGACCAACUUCAAGGGCUACUCUCAGUGCAUCGAUGCAUACAUUGAGACCAGCCAAAUGAAUGCUCUUUUAGGCAAAGACAUAUUUUCAGCUGUUCUGCCGUUGUGUAAGAAAAAUUAUAAUAUUAUUUGUAACGUGUUUCCCAAUCCUGAUCAAGUGAUGAGCAAAUUUGUACUAAAUAUUUUCCAUUUGAAACUACAGAAAUAUAUACAGACUAAGCUAGCUGACAAAAAUGAUGUCGAAAAAUAUUUGAAAAACUUGUAUGAUAUGUAUAACAGUACACAACGUGUAUGUGACGAGCUGGUGAACGCUAGUUUCGUGUCAGCUGAUUGCAACAGCAGCACCGGCGACUUACGACGCGAGGCCCUCGUCAACGGAGCCCUGGCCGGCGCCAACGACGGAUACGCCGCCAUGGAGGCCAGGCGUCUCAAGGCGAUCUUGUCGAACGACUUAAACUCUUACUAUACAGAGAAACAACACGUUAAGAAGCAGAUACAAGGUGGCGGUUUCCAAGAACUGAGGCGCGAUUUGCAGGCUGUAAUCGGAACCCGCGCCAAUAUAAACAUAGCCCAGAUUGAGAAUUAUGGCGGAGAAACGUUUCUCAGUGAACAAUUAGUUCAGAAAAUGCUCAACGAUGCUAAAACGUCUUUCCUUAGAUGUAAAACGCUGUGUACGCCCAAUGAAUUGCCGCACACAGCCAUGACUCUACUGGAGGUGGUCACGCAACAUUUACUGAUAGAACACGUUGAUUAUGCAUUGGAUUUGGGUCUGCAGUCUAUACCUAUCGCGGAAGGCAAGUCGCCACCUCAGAUAUAUUUCUUUGAUACUGUAAAACAAGCUAAUGUAAUUGUGAGAAAGUUCGAGGAACAUUUCCAGGAGUCGAUCUUACCUUGUAUAAGCUCAUCUUCGAAACAAACCGAAUGUUUACACAAGAAGACGGCUAUAAUGGACCAACUCGAGAGCAAACUUGACGCUGGCUUGGAACGUGCUAUAUCGGCUAUAGUGAGCUGGGUGAAGCUGCAUCUGCAGACCGAACAAAAGAAGACUGACUUCAAACCGGAAGGGGACAUCGAUACUAUAGCGUCACCAGCUUGCCUAGCAGUGGUGUCCUAUUUGAAUUCGGUAAUGGAUAAAAUACACGAUGGUUUGGAGGAUGACAAUAGAAAUUCCAUCUCGUUGGAGCUGGCCGUGAGACUGCACAGGGUUAUAUACGAACACCUGCAUAACUUCCAGUUUAAUUCGGCAGGUGCUAUGAUAGCGAUAUGCGACGUGAAGGAGUACAGGUCGGCCGUGUGCGGGCGCGGCUCGAGGGCGGCUCCGGCUCCGGCCCACGGACUGUUCGACGCUCUGCACGCGCUCUGCAAUCUGCUGCUCGUCAAACCGGAGAACCUGCAUCAGGUCUGCGAGGGAGAGACCCUGGCGGAGUUUGAUCAUUCGAUUCUGUUGAGCUUCAUACAGCUCCGAGCGGAUUACAAGAGUCACAAGCUAUCCACCUUCCUCAAGGGACUGUCUUAAGCUUUUCCUUAAGUUUCUCUUCAUGUUAUGUAAACAAUAUAAUAUUAGUAUUAUAAAAAAUAA